AUGGCUACCAAGAUGAUCCUCGUGACGCUCCCAAUGACGCUCGCCCUUAGAGACCAUCAUGCCGCUACCUCGGAGCAUGGUUCCUGCGAUGGUGUGACGACGGUGGCGCUCAACAAGGAAGUCUUCCACGAUGACUAUUCGGGUUCGUACCUCUCUUGUGAUGUCAGCAGCAUCGAGGAUUGCAGCAAGCACAUGACCUACUUCGCCAAGGAGAACAGCUUCAACCGCUGUGGAGUAUUUCCUUUCCACGUGAGCCGUGGCAUAUCUUCGUACAACAUCGAUGUGUGCUCUCCCAGCAACGAUGUGUGCACCUAUGGCCAGAACCCCAAGCUUUUCCAGGACGCCAAGAACUACUACACCGAGGCCUGUAUCGUGAAAUACUUAUGCCCUGUGGCCACCAGCUGGCGCGACACCCCUUGGCCCAAGUCUGUCUGGGUGGGCAGCAGUGCGGGAUGGGAACGGGUGGCCAGGAAAGAGUGUAGCUGGAUCGAAAAGGAUUACGGCCUCCUCGACCUCGACUUACUGGAGAGUAAGGUGACCGAGGGCAUGAAGGACGGACACUUCAACAAAAAGAUUUGGUGCGAAUGUUCCGCGGAGGACAAGUGCCCGUGA